AUGCAGAGAGCGACCAGAAGCUCCUUCUAUGCCGAUACCCAGUUUAAAGAUGAACUUCAUCAUUUCCCACAUCCUCCAUCAUCCUCAUUCUCCUCCAGCGUGACUGCGGCCGCACCAGCCAAGAAAAUUACCUUCUACAAGAGCGGUGACGCCCAGUUCAAAGGCAUCAAGAUGGCCAUUCACAAACGUAGCUUUAAAUGCUUUGAUGCCUUACUGGAUGACCUUUCCCAAAAGGUUUCUCUGCCUUUUGGUGUCCGUACAAUCACGACCCCCAGGGGCAUCCACAGCAUUAAACAUUUAGAGCAGUUGGUGGACGGGGGCUGUUACCUGUGCUCCGAUCGCCGCUACGUGAAGCCAAUCAACAUGGAAGCUGCAGGGAAGAGGCCAGCUGUCUGGCAGCACCACAGCCAUCCUCAUAACGCCCGCAGGAAGCCCUCCAGACCUGAAGAAGCCCCCUCGCGACAGCAGCACUACCAUCGCCACCCAAAGAAGAUCGUUCUAGUGAAAAACAAUGACCCUGCUGUGAGAAGGUCCAUCAUUCUGAGUAGGAGAACCGCUCGAAGUCUUCGUGUCUUCAUGGAGGAGAUUUCCGAGCUCAUGCAGUGUCAUGUCAAGAAGCUCUACACGCUGGAGGGACAUAAGAUCGACAGUAUUCAGAGUCUGAUGCAGUGCCCGAGUGUUUUGGUGUGUGUGGGUCGAGAACCCUUCAGGCCUUUGCUCACAGAGAGUGUGAAGAAGCUCUCUGACGAAAGGCUACCAGGAAUGGGCACAAGAUCUCAGUCCAGCAUCUACAGUGAAGGCUAUGAGAGCAAAAAGAAUGUAAACUUUGGCCUGAAGACAAAGAAAAGCAUCAUCCAUCCACGAUCAGACUCUAGUAACAGAUCAACAAGAUUCUCUCUUUCUUCAGAAAAGUCUUAUCAGAAUGGAUUAUGCAUGACGCCAGGACAGUCUGGUUGUGUCAAAACCUGUCCUUAUGUUAAAGAACUCGUAGUGAAAGAUGACAUUGAGAAGAGAGUGCUAGUAAACAAAGAUGGAAGCCUUUCCAUCGAGAUGAAAGUUCGCUUUAGCCUCUUUAAUGACGAGACUCUCCAGUGGUCCACUGAGAUCAAAAAGUCAUCUACGAACCUCAGCGAUAACGGCUCUGUAAAAGACGCCGAGCCACAUUAUCUCCAAGCUAAAGCUGAAUAUUCAGACCCAGAAUCCAUUUAUCCAUCUGAGACUGAGGAAGCCUUUGUGUCAAAGCUACUUCAGAAGCAUCUUGAGGAGUCGCAUUGUCAGAAUUGUUGCAACUGCCAAGAGUACGACAUUUGGAAAAACCCCAUGCACAAAGACCAGGCGGCCUGCAAGUCGGCAAGUUCAAGUGGAUCAUCUCUUAAAAUUGUACAUAAAAAGUCAUCUGUGGAUAGCACGCAAACAAUUUCUCGCUCUAGUGAGGAAUGCACUGAGCAUGAGGUGGAAAAGGCCUUGUGCUUUGAGCAGAGUAUGGAGGAAGGAGACACCAGGGUGGAAUACUGCACAAUAAGUCAUUGCUGCAGUCAAAGUGAAGUAUCAGCCUCUGCCGUUAACUCAAAGAGCAGUCAUGCUAAAAGUAAAUGUUCUCAUAUGGACAUCAGGGAACCUGAUGCUGAAAAAUCUCCAAUGCCACACCAAGUGGUCACUAAGACCACAGAAGAGCGGCCAAUUUCUGUUGUCAGCAGCUCGUCUAAAGUGCUUGAGUCUUUUAAGGAAGAUCAAGAUGAUGAUUACGAUGACCUGCCUCCAAGCAUCUCCAGAGCAUCACAUUGGUCUCAGAAAAUUGUGGAGUCGAAGAGAGCAACCAGUGCAAUGUCUAAGAUCUCUGAAGUUUCAGGAAAGUCUAAAGCCUGCUCUGAAAGAUCUAUCAAAUCAGGUUCAAACACCCCAGAAAAGGAGAAUGGCAAAGACAUGACAAAGAAUGACUUAACUGUGACCUCUCCGUUGCCUAGUUCAAAGAGGUCUCCAUCUCCGAGCAGACCGAGGUCAACCCACAUGUCUGAAGUUAAGGAGACUAAUAGCAGAGCUCCAAGCGAGUUGAUGGUAAACUCUAAAGUAUCCUCACAAUCCCAAAACUCAAGUAAAGGUUGUUGUCACAGUUCCUCAAAUAGUAAUUUGAAAGAUUCAAAGCCUAAGACCCAAAACAAGGAUGUCAAAGAUGAAUCUGUGGAGAGAGUUGCAAGCAGAUUGUCAGGAAAGUCAAAACUGUCAGCUAAAUCACAUAUAAACAACAUAAUGUCUUUGUGCAACCAGUUAGAUGAGCCUCUAAGCCCAACAUCAACAGCAUCUGUCUCUCUUGGACUUGAUGAAGAACUAAAGUGUGAUGACUUUGAUGAACGAUCAACCAGUGGCAUGUCAGCAACCAGAGAGGACUGUGGACAUAAAUUGGAGAUUGAAAAUGGUGUGGAGAUUGAGGACAGAUCGAAGAAGGUAGCAUCUGUGAACUCUGCAAAUUCAGAAUCAAAAUCCAAAAAGUCUCAUCACAUUAAUUGCAAAACUCCUGACCAAGCCCUCUCACUUGUCUCAGAUAAAAGUGUAGUGUCAGAAGAACUUAAGAAGAGCAAGUCAAGAAGUGGGUUAAAUGAAAACAAUAUCAGAGUGCCCUCCGCUUUGUCAGUGUCAUCUUCAUGCAGUAAGUCACCCUCCAGUGUUUUACAGGGAAGUGCUAAAAAUACAGCAACAAAAGGAAGUGAGAGAGCUUGUGAAGCUGGCAGUGACACCAACCAAGCAGAAAUGACUGAAAUGCAUAAUGCAUCCAACAAAAUGUAUGGAACAUCUUUAAAACAUGACCAAAAAGAAAGAGCCUCUGGAAAAGCUACACCAGUAAAUGAUUGUUUAAAUGCUGGAGAGACCUCUAAACAUUCAGUGAGGUCCAAAAAUGACCAAAGUACCUCCAAGAAUGAUAGAAGAUCUAAAUCUUCUCCACAAUGUUUGGAAAUAAACUGCCUUAAAAUAAAAUGUGAUGCAGCCAAUGAUGCUGGCAGUGCUAAGUCUCUUCAAACAUCCAAAUCAGACAUGAUAUCUGUGAAAAAAGUCACAUCCAGGCCAAAUUCAGUGGUGAUGUCUGAUAUUUCUCAGAACUGUCGAAUUCACACCAAAAAUAAAGCAUCAGUCAUAAAUACUGGCUCGUCGAGUGAUAGCACUUUAUCACGGGCCCUUUCAGCUGCAGAUUUGUUAAGAGAGAUUGUUGACAAUGUAAGACCUGUCAGUAGAGAAUCAAAGUCAAUUACCUCCAGCAAAAAUGUUGACAAGUUUGAGAAGAUUAAUGACAAUAAAAGUGACAAAAGCAGCCAAAACAAACACAGGAAAGUCAGCGAAACAUCAGAGCGCAACAACGAGGAACACUGUUCAGAACUGAUGCCAUCAUGCUUACCAAACUCUUCCCCUACAGAAGUUGUGAAGGACUGGCUCAGGAACAUUCCUACUGAUGGCCCUGUUUAUGAAAUGGAUGUCGAACUCACUGAAAGUAUUACUCAGACUCCAGGUGACGAGGACGCUUCUCAACAGGACAAAAGUGAGCCACCAGAAAACAUAAUAGAGAUUAAAGAACCUCAUGAGGAGCAAACUGAGGAGAUUCAGGAGGAGAACCAUGUCAAUUGUGUUGAGAAACAGGUGUGUGAAGAAAGACUACAAAUUGAAACAAGCAAAAUGGAUCCCAAUCCUGAAACAUUGACUAAAAAAGAGGGUUUACAAAAGCAGUGCCAUUCUUCUGUUCAAGUGAUGAAGGUUUUACUGGGUCCAAAACUAGACCGAUGCAAUAGUCUACCCGAGAUCUCACCUGUGUAUGGCAGAAAAUUAAGCCAAUCAGCCCAGGGGCUACUUGAUUGCCUUGUAAACUUACGAUUAAUUGACUCAGAGCCUAAAAAGGAGAAACAUCCCAAAUACAAUGAAGUCAUGAUGAUCUUACAAUCGCUAUGGCUUCAAGAGCCCUCUGAGAAUAAGCCGAACAUAAAAGAACAUCUUUCGGCAGAAAAUGAAUUUAACCCAAGGUCUUCAUCUGGAGUAGAUGUUUGCAGUGGCUCCACGGGAUCUGUUAAGUGUAGCAUGAGCGGUAUAGUAGAAAAAUCAGAGACAAUACAAGGCAAAAUACCACCAAUUGCCAAACAGGAGGCCUCACUUUCAGACAAAGAUGAAGUUGUGGUGGAAGAAGAUGAGGAAAAGCCUACAACUGCCUCAUGUGAAGGUUUAGAUCCAUCGAAUGUCCUCUCAGAUCCAAUAACUCCAGACAUUGCAGAGCGAGUCCAAGGGAGUCCAAAAAAUACAGAAAUGGGUGAUGAUAACCAAGAAAAUAUUGUUUUAACUCCAGCCACCAAGGAAGAUUCUCAAAGCACAGAGAAUAAGAAUGAAUCGGAUCAAACUCCUCUGACAUCCUUUAACAAGAGCUCUGGGAACGAGAGUUACACAAUAAAAUCUACGGAAAAUACAAGUUCAGGAACGCCACCAUCUGUUCAAAGAGCUUCGCUCAUUAAAAGAGUUUCACAAGACCCAGAUCCCAUUUGGGUUUUGAGCUUAUUAAAAAAGCUAGAAAAGCAGUUCAUGUUGCAUUACGCAGAUGCCAUGGCAGAGUUUAAAGUUAGGUGGGAUUUAGAUGACAACGAGAUGCUCAAUAUGAUGAUCAGAGAACUGAAAGAUGAAGUACACAAACGGAUUCAAUCGAGUAUUCACCGAGAACUGCAAAAAAUCCAAGGUCGAGCUGGUAAGGGACCAAGGCCUCCAGAAAAUGCUCUUUCAAGAGAAUCCACUGUCCAGACUGAACAGAGACGCAAACGUCUUCGGGUUAUGCGCAAUAAAUCCAUCUCUCUGUCAAGGAGUGAUGAAAAUUACACUGCGUCUGGUACGGAUUAUAGCAAUCAACGUAUUGGAGAUGAGUAUUGCCCAUGUGAUGUAUGCAUGAAGAAGAAAAUGGCAUCCAGAGUAGUCCAGCGAGCUCAGGCUUUGAGUUUGGCUCCGGUCAUGAAGGAAUUCGAUCUGCGGAAAAUACUUCAAAUGAAAAAGGAUCCAGCCAAAUCACCAGAGUGGAAGAUGGAAGAACAAAGCACUGCCAAUACAGGUAAUAAAGAAGAAAAUAACUUAGAAGUUGUUCACGAAGAUGUAGAGGAAGUGAAGGAUAAUAGAGGCCAUAUCAGUGAGGCUAAAGAAGGUGACAUUAAGGAAGAGGCUGAAAGAGAGGCCAAAGAUAAUGAACAUAUCCAAGAAGAUGCAUCUGCAGACCAUGAGACAAAAGAUGAAGAAACAAAUGACAAAAAAGAGUCCAGUGAUGAGGAUGACGAUGAAGAAAUGGAAGGAGAGAGAGACAAAGAAGAGGAGAAUGGAGAUGGAGAAGUUAAGGAAAAAGAAGAAGUGGAGAUAGAUGAAAAGGCAGAAAAUGCAGAGGAAGAGGAAGUAGAGUUAGGAGAAGCAGAACAUGGUGAAAUGAUUCAGGAAGAGGCUGAAAAAGAAGGAAAUGCAAUGGAGGAGGAGUGUGAGGAGAAAGAUGGUCCUGAGGGAGACAUUGAAGAAGUUGGAAAUGCAGAAAACAGUGAUACGGCUGAGGACGAGGACGAGGACAAAGAGGAGAACAUGGAAACUGCAGAAAAUGGUGAGAUGACAGAAACUGGAGAGGAAACGGAAUCAGGUGAGGAAGGAAAAGCUCCAGAGGAAGGGGAAGCAGAAACUGAAACUGGGGAUGAAGUUAAUGUAGAGAAAACAGAGAAAGACAAACCUGCAGCAGAUGAAGGUGAAUCUAAGUCUGAUAAAGAUGACACUUCUGAAGGUGAAAAAUCUGAUGAAAAUGAACCACCAAACAAGGAGUCAACUAGUGAGAAGAAUGCAAAUGGGAACUAUACUGGAUCUGCAGAGGACAAAACCGUGGAAGAUAGGAUAUCAGACACUGAAGAGGAUGAGGACCAGCUUGAAAAAAACAUCAAGACCUCAAAUGUAAAUGCCAAAGAGGAGGUCAGAGGAGACCCAGAUGAGACAGACAAACAGGAAGAUCUUGUUGAGGACUUUAAACCAGACAAACCAGACUCUGAGAAAGAUAAACCUGGUAAAACCAUUGUUGAUGGCUUUGAGUGCACAAUAACAAAACAGAUCACUAGAAUCUCAAUGGAAUCUCAACCAGGAUCAAUGGGGAACUGCACUAAUCACGUAGCACAAGCUAAACUGAAAGAUCUGCACAGUUUUAUGGAGAGCACUGAGAGUCACGGAGACAACAUGGUUGUUAUUACUAAACAAGCUCCGUACAAAGACAAUAGUGAGUUAACUGGGCAAGGAAACCAAAAGGACAUUGGCAAUGGGUUCCCUGAAUGGGAAGUCUCUCCUAAGAUAAGGAACAGGGCCAUUAAACAAAAGAAGCCAAUGGACAAUGAUAUUUUGAUGAACGGUGAAGAGUUUUAAUGUCUUCUUUGAUAAUCCUGCAUACGAAGCACUUUAUUUUUAUUUCAUAUGUUUCUUGACUGGACUCUUGACAAUGUUUGAAAUGGUCAGUCUGACUUUAACAUCUCAGAGUUACCAUUGAACAAAACAUUUGAAAGAUAUCUCAAAGCUGCAUAUUGUACAAUUCUGUAUAUGUUUAUUGUAUACAGUAGGUAUUAUUUUAUUGACACACACUAAGAUACCACAAAUACCAAACUUUUAUCAACAAAUGCAACAUUUUAGACCUAAUGUAUGUGGAUUUCCAAGCAAAAGAACUGAACUAAUUGGAAAUACUGUAAAUAAUGAAUUUCAUAGUCCACAGAAUAAUGUACAUUUUACUGAUAAACAUUGUAUUUUCAGGGUGCUGUCAGUUAUUUUAUAAGUAUUAUUUACACGCAUUAUUCACCCAAACCUCAACCAAGGUUGGCAAUGCAUACGUUGCAUACUGUCAAUUUAGUGUGCAUUCUAAAAAACACAAUAUACAGAUAUGUGUAGUAAUGAGGUUUCAUCCAGAUUUGGUACUGUAUGAGACACUCUGUAAAAGUUUUUAAUGACUUAACUAUGUUUAUUUAUUAAGUCAUAGAAUGUUCUGAUGCUGCUAAGUGGUGCUUGAUACUGCAUUUUACAUUUACAUAGUAAAAUAUCUUGCCAUGCAUGGUACUUAAAGCAUCCUGGACCAAGGUUUGUUGUAUGUUGCUAUUUUAUUGUUACG